GCAGAUAAAAUCGAAAGUAAAUUCUUCUUGAAACAUCGGAGCAAAUGACAAAAGGGAAGAUACAAUAGUUACGUCUAAGUGGAGAUUGGAGGAGAGGGUCUAAGCCUCUAAAAUUUGUCUCUCUGAGAUGAGUACUUCCUCUAAAAGUAGUUUGUCUUCAAAGAUGAAGAAGAGCCCAAUUCAGCGGAAGAGACCAGCCUCCCCUGGACCCAGCUGUGUGUCUAUGAAGAGUGACAAUUCUAUGGAUCUUCCUUUAAACCUCAGAGAGGGAGACUUUUCUACUGAACAAAGAGACCGACCUGAAAUAUCCCUGUCUGAAAUUCUCAGUGGUCAACCUGUCCAGUGUCCUCAAAAAGACCUGUCCUCGAUAUUCAGUGUACUAGAACAGAAUAUCAUUACAUUUGUGAAGAAAGAGUUAAAGAGGUUUAAGACAAUGCUGAGUUCAGAUCUCCCAGAAGGAUUUAAGAGUCAGAGGGAGGAUGACAAAGGUGUGGACCCCGAAGAUAAGAAGCAGGAGCGCAGUGCCAAAGAGGGGACUCUGAAGAUCACACUGCAUUUCCUGAGGCACAUGAAACAGAAAGAGCUUGCUGACACACUGGAGAAAAAUGAGCUUGCUGUGAAUUGCCAACAUGAUCUCAAAUCUAACCUGAAGAAGACGUUUCAGUGCUUAUUUGAGGGUAUCGCUAAACAGGGGAACCCAACACUUCUCAAUAAGAUCUACACAGAGCUCUACAUCACAGAGGGUGGAAGUGGAGGAGUCAAUAAUGAACAUGAGGUGAGACAGAUUGAGACAACAAAUAAACAAGCAAGACCAGAGACAGCAAUCAAAUGUAACAACAUCUUCAAGCCCUUACCUGGACAAGACAAACCUAUCAGAACUGUGCUGACAAAUGGUGUUGCUGGAAUUGGAAAAACAGUCUCUGUGCAGAAGUUCAUUCUGGACUGGGCUGAAGGAAAAGCCAAUCAGGAAGUCCAAUUUGUAUUUCCUCUCCCUUUUAGGGAGUUGAAUUUGAUGAAAGGGAAAGAACUCAGUUUGAUUCAUCUCGUCAAUCAUUUCUCAAUUGAAACCAAAAAAGCAAGAAUUUCCAACUACAACAAAUAUAAAGUUCUGUUCAUUUUUGAUGGUCUGGAUGAGUGCCGACUGCCCCUUGACUUCAAAAACAACAAGAACUGUUGUGAUGUCACAGAGACAACCUCGGUGGACAUUCUGCUAACAAACCUCAUCAAGGGAAAUCUGCUUCCCUCUGCUCUCCUCUGGAUAACUACCAGACCUGCAGCAGCCAAUCAGAUCCCUUCCAAGUGGGUUGACCUGGUGACAGAGGUGAGAGGGUUCAAUGACUCACAGAAAGAGGAGUACUUCAGGAAGAGAUUCAGUGAUGAGGACCUGGCCAGCAGAAUCAUCUCACACAUAAAGACAUCAAGGAGCCUCCACAUCAUGUGUCACAUACCAGUCUUCUGCUGGAUCGUUGCUACAAUCCUUGAGUACAUGUUGACUACAGAUGAUAAAGUUGAUCUGCCCAAGACACUAACAGACAUGUACUCACACUUCCUUGUGUUCCAGUCCACACACAGAAAUGUAAAGUAUGAUGGGAAAAAAGAGACUGAUCCACAUUGGAAUAAAGAGAGCAUUGUGACACUGGGAAAACUGGCUUUUCAACAGCUACAGAAAGGCAAUCUGAUUUUCUAUGAAGAAGACCUGAAAGAGUGUGACAUUGAUAUCAAUGAAGCAUCAGUGUACUCAGGAGUCUGUACACAGAUCUUUAAAGAGGAAUGUGGGCUGAACCAGGACAGGUGUUCUGCUUUGUCAUCUGAGUAUUCAGGAGUUUCUAGCUGCUGUAUAUGUGUUUCUCUCAUUCAUCAACAAUUAUGUGAAUCUAAUGGAUGAACCACAAUCAACUGACAGGAUCGUUUCAGUUAAGUUCAGAGACCAGUCUGAAGUCCCAUUCUACAAGACUGCUGUGGAUAAAGCCUUCCAGAGUAAGACUGGACACCUGGACCUUUUCCUCCGCUUCCUUCUGGGUCUCUCACUGGAGUCAAAUCAGAAGCAUUUACGAGGUCUUCUGACAAAGACCAGAACCAGCUCACAGAGUCAUAAAGAAACAAUCAAGUACAUCAAAGAGAAGAUCAGGGAGAAUCCCUCUUCAGAGAGGUGCAUCAAUCUGUUCCACUGUCUGAAUGAACUGAAUGACCGUUCUCUAGUGGAGGAGAUCCAAAGAUACCUGAGUUCAGGA